AUGGAUCCAAAUUGCGGCCCAGCCGAGACAGGUUUCAUCAACAGCCAACCAUCAAUGGCUGAAUUAUCAGCAAUGCCACAGCUCUCCAGCGACGGUCAACUCCAGCACUCACCCGGGACCGUGGGAUCCAUGAGCCCUGGCGCGCAUCAUCCGAAUUAUCAUAUAAUGAUGGAUCCUCACGGUGUCUCUGAUCCAUCUGGUGUCAAUGUGCCGGAAUAUCCGUGGAUGAAGGAGAAAAAAACGACGAGGAAGAGCAGCCAGCAAGAAAAUGGUCUUCCCAGGAGAUUACGUACUGCCUACACAAAUACUCAGUUGCUGGAGUUAGAAAAGGAGUUCCACUUCAACAAGUAUCUAUGUCGACCGAGAAGAAUCGAAAUAGCGGCUUCCCUGGAUCUCACGGAAAGGCAGGUGAAGGUAUGGUUUCAAAAUCGUCGGAUGAAGCACAAAAGACAAACACUGAGUAAAGAGGAUGGUGAUGAUAAAGACGGUGGAUCGUCGGACGGUGUGGAGAAGCCCAAAGGAGAGAACAUGCUGAUUGACGAGGAUGAGAAGAAGAGUUGCCACAACUGUGAUAUUUCCGGAGUUACCGAUGUGGGUAGCACACUCAGCGAGGUGACAGACCUCGGUGCUUCGCGGCUUGGUAACAAUAAUAAUACACCAAGUGCAACGAAUAACAAUAACAAUGGAUCAAAUGUAGGAUUUAGUACGAAUAGUAAUGGUGCUAGUAGUGUUGGGAGUACGAACAGUGUAUCGAGCUCCUUCGAGAAGAUAAUGGCUGAUGAGGACUCGAGAUCGAAUGACGGUAGUGACGUGACAUCGCCAAGCAUACCAACGAAAAAGAUGAGUGAGGUGAGGAUCAAAGUGGAGGGUGGACACAAGAGUCCAAAUCCUACGAAACAUCCGAUAAAUGUCUGCAAGAAGUCACCGUCCUCCAGCAAUAAAGAAAUAUGUACAAUGACCAGCAACGGUGUCCUCUUGGCCAUGCCGGAUUCGACUGUCAGCACACCAGCUCUACCAAGUCAAGGAUCUACGAGGAGUCUAACACCCUCGUCAACACCCGGAACACCUGUAUCCGUUCAACUUCAACAGGGCAGCCCACUGAAUGUACAAAGCACCCACGGCUACAUGCAGCGGCCCAGAAGCUCUCCAUCGUCCACCAGUUCCGGGACUAUCCUUCAUGGCACCUCGAAUUCAACGAGUAUUCCACCUCACGUAGCCCGAAGUAUCCCAUCAAAUUCCCAAGGGCAUUUUCCACCUCAGCAGAAUAUAUAUCAACCACCUGCUGGUGAUUACAGAAAUGGAAUGCCCAUGAGCAGACAAAACGUUCCACCAGCCAAUCCUCAGAGCACUUACUGCAACCGAGAUACGUAUCAACAACGCGUGACGUAUCCACCUGAAAUGCACUCAAUGUAUAGACAGAAUCCAGCGAUAACCACGCGAGUUGGUCAUCACGGAAGAACGGGAUCAACGACCCGCCCGGUGUACAAUCCGUCGUUGCAAUUUCAUCAGCAACAGCAGCAGUAUCCAACUGCAGGAGAGUACAACGGCUAUCCACAAGGUGGUGCAUACCAUGCCAGCUAUCAGCGAGGUAUGCAUCCAGGUGGAACAGCUUAUCCAAACCAAGCCUAUCCGAAUUCCCAGACUGAGGCAUCGACGGAGUACAUGACCGGAAGCUAUGGAUAUCCAACAGGACCAUAUCAUGGAGACAAUCUGGCUUCUCACUCCCACACAGCUGUUCCCGUUCAACCUAGCCAGCAUUAUUAUCCCGAGAUGCAGCAUCAGGCUCAACAGCAACAUGCAGCUGAGGGUUACGGCUCCAUUCAUCCCAGCCAGAAUGACUACCGGGGAAGCAAGUGUCAUCCAAACACCUACUACGAGCAGUCACAGCUGCACGUUCACCAGGGAGGCGAGGCAUCCAGCAUUCCCAACAGCUACGUCUCAUCACCUGAUCCUUUCCCAGCCCCUGGCAUGACCACAACUGCAACAGCUAUCGCCGCGGCAACAGCAGCUGUUAUCACUCCACCAGAUAGCACCGGACAAGCUGAAACAAACAAUGAACCGUACAGCAACUUUGGAAAUUUCUACGGGGAAUCGGUUCACGCCACUGCACCGACACCCUCUGCCGAUAACAGCAACAGUUCAUCGGACUUUAAUUUCCUAAGUAAUCUCGCCAAUGAUUUUGCACCCGAGUACUAUCAGCUCAGUUGA